UGGGAUCGAAUCGAAUUCGGCAUCGGUAUUCUUUGAAUUGAUUGGAUUUAUUAAACAAUAUAAAACGGAAAAUGUGAUCCCACUGUUGUAUUUCCUCACUAUUUUGUGCAUCGAAUCGCGCGCGAAUUAAAAACUACGUUAAUAUGCAGUCCCCGCACAAUAGUCGCAACUAUUCCAGAUGUUAACGUCUUAAUAUGCCAUCUCCGGGCAAUUUGUGCAGGAUGAUUUCCAGUCAUUUGGGUACCGUGCUCAACAUCGGUAUUGUGAUUCUGACGUUCUUCGAGUCGUAUAUGUUUCCGUUGGCCAUUAUCAAGUGGAUGAUUAUUGUGACGAAGUACAGUGGUGUGCCUUUGCUGGAGAAAUGUGCCAGUCUACAGCAUAAGUCUGUGAGGACCCGUUAUCAGUACAACUUGCAGCUCGUUACUUGUAUGAGUAGAAGAGGCAAUGACAUGGUGCAGAAUCGCGUCUCUAAUGUCAGUGUCACCGUGGAGGAGGAUAGUUCAGCUGAUGGCCAAAAGAGGAUGCAGUUGAGCUAUUGCGGCCAAGAUUGUAAGAGGAUACCACCGGCGUUGCAGAAGAUGUAUGGCGCUAAAGUUAAAUACCUGGACUUGAGUUACAACAGCAUCGAGACCCUGAAAGGGUUGGAGCAGUUCGGUAGAUUGGAGGAGCUGAUACUGGACAAUAAUAAAUUGGGUGACGGCGUUACCUUCCCCUAUCUCCCCUACUUGAGGACGCUGUCCCUCAACAAUAAUCAGAUAACCGACCUAGAGGCCCUGAUAACGAAGAUAACGGACCGGCUGCCUUCACUGUCGUACCUCAGCAUACUCAGCAACAAAGCUUGCCCUAACGAGCUGUCAGACCUCGACAAAGACGACUCCGACUACCAGAGAUAUAGGUAUUUCGUGCUAUACAAGCUAAAGAACCUGCGUUUCCUGGACUCGCGUCGCGUGUCAUCUCAAGAACGUUCUGUGGCGGACACGCGUGGCGAGUUUAUGCGCGUGCGCCGCCCGCCGGCCGAGGAGCUCGCGCCGCCCGCUCCCCGCGGGCAGCCGCUCAGGCCGCUGCCGGUCGACUUCUCCGCGUUGGGCAAACACAAAGGUGCCUACGGAAAAUGUCACUACAAAUACACCGGCAAACACUCCGAGGGUAAUCGGUUCAUUCUGAACAGCGACUUGUGACGACCUACAUACACAACAUUUUGAGGAUAAAACUACAAAAAUAUAAAGUAGGUACAAUUAGAUUGUAAGAACAAUCAUUCCAAAUAUAAGUGUACUAUUCAUAUUACAUUAUUACCUUAGAUUAAUAAAGCCUAGAUAUUCUUCACACAAACGCUUCGUCAAAAGUGAGGCAAAAAUCUUGUCAUUACUGUCAAAACGUUGUUAAAAAUGUUAAAAUUAGGGCGAUUUUUCGAAAAUAAGAUAUUUGAGAUCGUAAUAAAAUGUUACCUAUAUUUUUUUUUAAUUAAAACAAAAUCACCUGAAUGGUCUACUAAAAGUUCCCUCACUUUUCGUGCGCUUACUAUCUAUCUAGGCUUUAUUAAUCUAUGAAUAUUACAGGGUAAAUACAUGAAAGAUUUUCGUAAUUUACUCGUACGUGUCAAAUCGAGAAAAUUAAUCCAUCAUAAAAGCACUCAGAUUGGUAUAGCAAAAAAUAUUUUGUAUAGGUAUUUAGUAUUACAUUUGUAUAGCACUAUAAUAAAAUCACUUUGGUGUAGGCACCAUUGUUAUACAGAUUAUUAGAAUGGUAUUUUAGUUAAAUCUAGUCUUUUAAAUAUUUUUACGCACCUUCACUAGCAGUUAAUUAAGUGUGCUGUGUUUUAUUGCCAUUAUUAUAAUAAUUUACACUGUA